AUGGAUGGUAGGUGCAGGAAAGAGGAGAAUACAAUGGCAGUGGAAAUUGCAAUCCAGAGAGAGUUGGCACAUAGGAAGAAGGUGGCAGCACCACAUUUGAGAUCACCAAAUUCUAAUUCCACUAAGGAGGUUUUUCCUUUACAGGUUAAAUCACCAAGUCAAGCUUCCAAGUCAAUACCAUUACCAGGUUCAACUCCAAGGCUAUCUUUGAGUCAACACCUUUCUGGAAUCAAGAGAAAGAAAACAUUAGUCAAUGCAGAGGCAGAUAAUAGUGUGUACUGCAAAAUCUGCCAAGUAUCUUGCUCAAGUCCAUUCAAUCUCAAGCAGCAUUUGAUAGGCCACAAGCACAGGGAGAAGCUGCUAGAACUCGAAUCCGGCGAGAAAGCUGGAACAAGUGAGAGUAAUAGAUGCUAUGAGAGGCAAUGGUGUGAUAUAUGCAAAGUUUCAUGUAUGAAUGAAGAGUUGCUGAAGCUUCACUUUCAAGGUAAAAAGCACAAGGCUCAAUUACAGAGGUUGGAAUUUGAUCAGCAAGGUGGUGUGCAGCUUCAAAAUAAGCAACAAAAAUGGUGUGAACUAUGCAAAUUAAGGUGCAUUGAUGAGUUUUCAUUUGAGCAACAUCUUCAAGGUAGAAAACACAUCUUGCAGCUGCAUGCUAUGGAGAAAGAAAAAAACAAAUUAAAAGAGAAAGAUCCAUUGAUAUUAUGA